AAAAAACAAGGAAGCCCACGGGGAUGCAUAUGUGUGUAUGGACACAUUGUCAGCUUUGUCCUCACACAGCUGAGUUCCCAUAUUUUACAACCCUGCGCGCGCGCACAUACAGUACUUACACACACACACACAGGCGCAGGACAGCAGCUGCAGUGUUGCCUCCUAGAUGGAGCGAGGAGGGAGGGAAGAGUAAAGGGAGAGGUGCAGUGAUUUCCUCCUCCAGCUCCCAGCUGAGAACCCAGAUAUGGAAAUAACAGCAUUGCGGGAGUAGUGGUGCGUCCUCACCUGGCCAACUUACCGGAACUUACAAACCUGAUAAAAUAUUCUCUUUGGGUAUAUGUGUGUAGUGUAGUCUAUAUUUGUAUCAUCUCGUUUUUCCUCUCUCUCUCUCUCUCUCUUUUUUUUUUUUUUUGGUAGUACGGUGCAUUUAGAGUAACCCCUUAUUAGGCGAGUUGGUGCGCGCAGUAACCGGAUGCUACCUCACUCAGGAGUCACCCGGAUUUUACUGCAUCCGCAAUGAUCUGAGGGUUACUCUAGAAAGUCGUGCAGCGUGUCCGUGGUGCAUUUUCACCCAAAUCUUCAGUUUAGUCUGGCUAGUCUGCGCCUGCGUCAGCAUGAAGCGGCUGAGGUUCAGCACCGUGGACAGUGCCGGGGUUUUCCUCUGUCUCCUCUGCGCGCUGUCGGGGCUCUCGGUUGUGGCAGAGCAGGAAGUGGAGAAUCUGUCCGGUCUGUCUUCAAACCCGGACAAAGACAUUUUCGUGGUGCGCGAAAACGCGACAACUUGUUUGAUGGCAGAGUUCGCGGUGAAAUUCGUGAUCCCCUACGACGUCCUCGCCCUUAAUGGAAUAGACCUGAUCACGGAGCAGGCGACGCUCGCGCUCCCCCGCGGUGCGCAGAUCGCAGGCACGUGUGGAAGCAGCGAGGCAGAGCUGCAGGUCUCCUGGAGCAAUCACGCCUACACAUUGCGCCUGUACUUCAGCAAGGAGAAACGCACCGUGAGAAAAGAUGGGAAAACAAAAGAGAGUGAAGUGUGGAAGAUAAGCAAGGUUCAGCUGGUUUAUGACACAUCUGAGACAACGCACUUCAUCAAUGCGUACAACCCGGGAAAACACACUGCCAGCACCCAUCAUCUCUCAGCCCUGGUGACGCCAGCAGGCCGCUCAUACACAUGCAUAGCUCAGCAGACUCUCACCCUCAUCUCCAGUGACCACCAGAAAGGUGUCACACUCUACAUGUCUGAUAUCCAGAUCCAACCUUUUGACAUCAAAAGUGACUUUGUGUUCAGUGAACCGUAUCAGUGCAUCACAGACCAGCGUGAGCGCCUGGAGGAGACUCUGCCCCUGGUGCUGGGGCUCAUCCUGGGCCUCAUCAUCGUCAUCACUAUCACUAUCUACCACUUCCACCUCAAACUGACGGCUCAUCAACCCCAGCUGCCUCGCGACCGCUCCCUCUACAAGCACAUGUAGAGACUCUGUAAGCACCAUGACCAAGGCCUGCUACUGGGGGAACAGAGCAACAUCUGCAAACAUUUUGCUCAAUGCUUCUGGGGAAACUUGAUGAGUUUUCCAUCAUUAAUGUCCGCUGCCUAAUAGUCUGAUCCCUCGCAUUUAAGAUUUUUUUUCUUUCAUUUCUGAUUUUGCUGAUAAUGAUCUUGAUGAGAAUAUCAUCUAAAAAAGAUAUAUUUGACACAUUGUUCAAAUAUUUCAUGUUGUGCUACAUCACUCAUUGUGUAUAGUGUAUUAAACUGAAGGAAUUUACGUUCUAUAAAAGUGACAAGCAAAGACACGAGAAAGGUAUUUUAAGAUUAUAUGAAUUAAAGGAUAUAUGAGUUACUGUAUGGUGUGACAAGGUGAAUCAUGCAAAAUGUGUGUGUGUGUGUGAAAUUCUGUUCAAGAAUAAACUAUUUUG